CUGCAUGUGUUGAUCAGAAAACCACAUCACACACAGCUAAUUAAGCAGGGCAGACACGCCAAAGUUGAGAGAGUGUGAGAGAGAGAACGUGUGCGGGGACGAGAAAAAAAGCGUCAGAGAAAGAACAGAUAGAAAGACCAGGAAGACGGAGGAGAAGAAAAAGAAAGAAGAAAACAGUAAUUGCUCAUUUAGGCGACCGACCCACUGAACAGCGAUCGGCGCUCAGCACGCUUCCAUCGCAUCAGUGUUCAAAUCGGAACACACAACAACACACAUAAACAGAGAGACACUACACAUACAGAAAGCAGAAGUUGAAAGAGGAAAGCCGGGGUUUUUUUCGCCGCAUCGAGGCUGGUAUGGCACACGGCUCUGACAGCAACGACACCAGCUACACCAGGUCUCCUUCGCCGGGCAGCAGCACACGGGGUUCCCAGGACGACAUGAGAAAAGUGAUGAGGCGAGAGAAGAAUCGCAUUGCAGCUCAGAAGAGCAGACUACGACAGACCCAGAAGGCUGAUAGUUUGCAUCUGGAGAGCGAAAACCUGGAAAAGGAGAACGCUGCGUUGAGGAAAGAGGUGAAGAGGCUGAAGGAGGAGGCCAAGUACUUGACCACCGUGCUGAGCAACCACGAGUCGGUGUGCACCGGCCUGAGCUCCCCUUCCUCUGAUCUGCUGUACGGCGCCCACCACGGCUACCAUCAGCACAUUGCAGUGCCGCACUACCCGCUUUGACCACCAGGUGGCGAUGAAAGCUUGUGAUUGAAGUCUGGCACGACAGGGGGCCUUGAGUUAUUGGCAAGGACGGACUACUGUUUGUUUGGAUGAGAAGAGGCACAGACAGAGAGAUGACACACUGUUUUUGACCGGUGUCUGCCAGAAAUUACUGUGUUUUUCACCACUUGACAGCUAAUGAGUGUAUAGUACUUCUGCAAUUGAGACAGCAAGCACUGGUUUACAAUGUUCUAAAGCAGGGAAACUAGGAAAAAUAGCCUAAUGUGUGUCAAAGACAUGUAAAUGUAAAAGUCAUUUUUUAUGUAUAAUAGAAAUCUGAUUUCUUUUCUGACAACUUACACCUCCUCACAGUGCAAUUAUGUUUAAGUGAUAAUGUGUUGGCACUGUUAUUGUAAAUCUUUUGUGACAAUAUGAUUGUCAGUCGGCUCUUGAAUGUAUUUCUUUUUUCAUUUUUAAAGGAAAGUUGCCAUAUUUUUUCCAUCUGAUCUAUUUUGUUUUGUGCCUCUAAAAGUGGAGUUUGCGAUUAGGCCUACACUUCUAUAGCCUAGGCUACCAUACACAUUCCUUGAAAGUUUUUUUAAUGGGCUACAAGGCUGGUUCUAAAUAAUAUUUUCUUAUGUGUUCUCUCUAUCUAGUUCCUUUUCCAGUUUCUUUUUAAGUCUAAAUGUCUCAUUGGUUCAUCGGUUUCUUUAGCAUGAGCUGCUCCCAAGGUCUUGGUUAUCAGAUGAUAACCCUCAUGAUUAACUUUAUAUUAUCAUAUUUUUCUGUUAAUGUGUGGAAAUGUGUAGCCUAUGUUUGUGCUACUUUGCUGCAUUGCAAUACGCGCUCCGUUGUGUUUUUUUGUGGCCAUAAAUCUUCAAGUCUUGGAUGGAGAAAAUUAUACAUGGGUACCUCUCUGGUAGUAGCUAACUUUAGUCUCAAGAGGGCGCUCUGGUAUCAACAACGUGGCAGGGACCAGACCACCAUAUCCAGCUAAAAGAGUUGCUUGUUGCCUGUACCAGGUUUUGUUGUUUGCUUGCUUGUUA